AGGAAGACAUAAAUGCUGCACCUGAGGGGAAAGUCCAGAAGAAGAGAGUGUAGGCCUGUGCCUGCAAUAACAAUCCUGACACUGGGUUUAUAGAUCACCCGUGUGCAAGUUAAAGUUUCAGGUAAACAGAAAUGGCGCCCGUUGCAGUAACUCGGCUCCUCACCUUGAUCUCACUGACUGUGGCCCUAGACAACGGAUUGCUGAGGACUCCACCUAUGGGAUGGAUGGCCUGGGAACGCUUUCGCUGUGAAAUUGACUGUAAAAAUGACCCAGAGAACUGCAUCAGCGAAAGUCUGUUCAGAGACAUGGCCGACCGGCUGGCUGAGGAUGGCUGGAAGGAGCUGGGCUAUGAGUAUGUAAUCAUAGAUGAUUGCUGGAUGUCCAUGCUGAGAGAUGAACAGGGGAGGCUGCAGCCUGAACCCUCCAGGUUUCCAGGGGGCAUUGCAAAUCUGGCAAAGUAUAUCCAUGACCGUGGGUUAAAGCUGGGUAUCUAUGCAGACAUUGGUACUCAGACAUGUAUGGGAUUCCCUGGCACCACACUGGAUAAAAUCGAGAUUGAUGCCCUGACCUUUGCUAGCUGGGGGGUAGACUAUCUGAAGUUUGAUGGCUGUUCCUCAAAUUCUGUGGAACAAAUGCUGGGUUACCCUCUGAUGUCCAAGGCUUUGAAUGCUACAGGCAGACCUAUGGCCUUCUCCUGUAGUUGGCCUGUCUAUGUGGGAGGCCUUCCACCUAACGUGAAUUACUCUUUCCUGGGUGAUAUUUGUAACCUGUGGAGGAAUUACUACGAUAUCCAAGACUCAUGGGAUAGUGUGCAAGGCAUUGUUGAGUGGUUCUCCAACAACCAGGAUGAUCUGCAGCCUGCUGCAGGGCCUGGACGAUGGAAUGAUCCUGACAUGCUCAUUAUUGGAAACUUUGGUCUGAGUGAGGACCAGGCUUGCUCUCAGAUGGCUCUGUGGGCUAUAAUGGCUGCACCACUCAUCAUGUCCAAUGACCUUCGAAACCUGGAUAAAAGCGCGACGGCCAUCCUGCAAAACAAAGUGGCCAUUGCCAUCAACCAGGACCCUAUGGGGAUCCAGGGAAGACGCCUGCUGCAGGAGAAGAGCCAUAUUGAGGUGUUCUGGAGGCCUCUAUCUCAAUCAGCAAGUGCCCUUGUGUUCCUGAGUCGACGGACAGAUAUGCCCUACCUCUACCACACCUGUCUGGCUAAACUCAACUAUGAUGCUGGCAACUAUGAGGCCUAUGAUGUGUUCACUGGCUCAACGGUGAUGGGGUUGAAUGCCACCACAGAGUUUACUGUCUCCAUCAACCCCUCAGGUGUUGUCAUGUGGUACGUCUACCCAGAGCAACAGUCCAAACAGACGGAGACACUCCACUACUAGCACAAGAAAGCCUCACAAUUCACACUUGACAAAGCUAAAUCUGUACAUCAUACUGUCGAUACUGUAUGACGGAACUGACAUGGAUUUAAAAAAAAAAAAAAAAAAAAAGAACUUUAUAGAAUCAUUUCAAAUGCUGACAGACAAAGCCACAACUUGAUUUUCACUGAUUGUUGAAGAGAUGUUCUUUUGCACUGAUGUAUGUUUUUAUGAAACCAAAUAUUGUUUUUAAAUGUUGUGUUCUUUGUCAGAAUUGUUCAGAGGUGUCAGUUAAAUUAUUAAAACAUUUACUAGUU